AUGAUUACAGGCGGGAGCUCCGGAAUUGGCCUCGCCAUCGCAGAGCGAUUCCUCCAAGAGGGCGUGGGCCGCGUUAUCCUUGUCGGGCGAUCCUACGAGCGUCUCGUUCGUGCAGCAACGCAAUUGGCGCGACAUAAUCCAGAAAGCCCAGCCACAACUCAAUCUAACAACACAGACAAUGAUAAAAUGGUCGCCACUCGAGCACCCGAAGAAGACCAGGCGCUGGAUCAGAGCAAAAUCUCACCAGGCACACUAAUCCCCUCGUCCAGCCAGAUUAGCCUCCUUGUAGGCGAUGUAUCUGAGGCAUCAACGUGGACCAGAGAGUUAGAAAACGCGAUGCAACCGGUCGACAUCUUGAUCAACGCAGCCGGUAUCUCAACAUCCAGCGUCCUCCCCAGAACAGAUCCAAAAGACAUCUCGCAAGUCCUUCGCACAAAUCUUGAAGGCUCUCUACUUACCUCUCGCGCCCUUGUCCGUGCAUCAAUCCGCAAUCGGAUGAAAGACCGAACCGCGGCCAGUACCACUCCCAUUCCCUCUAAAUGCAUCAUCAACAUAUCCUCCCUCCUCGCCUUGAAAGGCGGCACAGGUGUUGUUCCCUACGCCGCAUCAAAAGCCGGCGUACUUGGACUUACAAGGUCAUUAACUGUCGAGGCGUCUAAAACCCUUCGGAAUCAGAUUAUUCGGUCCAAUGCGAUUGUCCCAGGGUAUAUCGAGACGCCUAUGAUUGCCGAUUUCAGUCAGACCGAAAACGACAAACUGAAAGAAGACAUCCCGCUCCGGCGGCUUGGACAACCGCAUGAAGUUGCGGAUGCAGCUGUAUUCUUAGCCCAAAACGAGUACGCGAAUAAUUGCAUAAUUAACCUGGAUGGCGGGCUUAGUGCUCUCUGA